AUGGGCAAAGACAUCAAAGAUUUCAAUAUUUGCUUUGAUAACAUGAUCUCAUCUGAUAAUCAAGACAUAUACCGCAAAAUUGAAAAAGAAAUGAAUAUUGUUGUUUCUGAAGCUGAUUACCAAUCUAUUUCCCUAUUAUCCUCAGAACAAAAAGUAACAUUUGACAAAAUCUUAAAUAGGGUCUUCUUAGGAAAUCAAGGGUGUUUUUUCAUAGAUAGUCCUGGAAGCACUGGUAAGACCUUUUUAUAUAAGGCAUUGUUGGCAGCAAUUAGAUCCAAGAAUUACAUUGCUCUUGCAACAACAACAUUUGAAGUAGCAGCCUCUAUUCUUCCAGGAGGCCACACAUCCCAUUCUUGUUUCAAAAUACCUAUAGAUGUAGAUACAUAUAAAUCUUGCAACAUAGGUAAACAAACUGGGCUUGCAAAUCUUUUGAGAACUGUAAAACUAUUCAUUUGGGAUGAGGCACCCAUGGCUAAGAGGGAAAAUAUUGAGGCAUUGAAUGAUAUGUUAAAGAAUAUCAAUGAGUCAGAGUUACUCUUUGGAGGCAAAAUUGUAGUUUUGGGUGGUGAUUUUCAACAAAUACCACCAGUCAUUCCCAAAAGAACAAAAUAUGAUUCAAUUAAUGCUAGCUUGGUCAAUUCAGAAUUACGAAAAUCUUUUGAGAAACAAAGUUGA